AUGGCGAAGGAAGUGGCCGUGGUGGCCACGCUGCUGACCCUGAACCUCCUCUUGUUCGGUUUCGCCGACGCAUGCGGCUCCUGCCCUAGUCCAGGCGGCGGUGGCGGGGGAGGUGGUGGUGGAGGCGGGGGUGGUGGAUCUGGUGGUGGUGGGAGCGGAGGCGGCGGAGGGAGCGGUGGGGGCAGCGGUGGGGGCAGCGGCGGAGGGAGGGCAGCGGUGGGGGCAGCGGCGGAGGUGGCAGUGGUGGGGGCGGCAGCGGAGGAGGCAGCGGAGGAGGCGGCGGCGGGACGAGCGGUCGUUGCCCCGUGGACGCGCUGA